AUGUACUUCAACAGCGCUCUGCUCGCCUCCCUUACCAUCCUCGCCGCUUCUGCACCCACUGCGUUCGGAGCCCCUCAACCUGCAUCUACGGCUAUAUCGGAAGGCGACAAAUUCGGCGCCAUCACUAUCCGCUCCGGCUCGGAGAUCCAGAACUCAGCUAUCCAAGCAGCCCAGAGAAGCCUCUUCGUCAAUGCAAAAUCGCAGAACGCCACCUGCGCUUCCGAGACAAACUCUGCGACGUUCUACAUCCAGGACCAAGAACUGCGCCUCUAUUCUAGCAACGACCCGCUCAAUCAGACGAUUUUCGUUGAUCGGUCGGGGAUGGGUAUGGGAAAGAUCGGCUACAUCACCGGGAAUGAAUCGCUAGGCAGAUACUGGGAGACCAAGGGUUGGGCGUUGACGGAGAGCAAUGAGCUCCAGUUCCAUGGGACAGGUAUCCAGGCUUGCCCCGGCUCGAUUGAUGGCGGUUGGAGUAUCUGGCUUCAGGGCGUGGAGAAGCCGGGUUAUAAUGAGAACUGCACCGGUGUUGUUGCAGCAGCGUAUAAGACCGACGACCCCAUCGAAUGCGUGUAUACACAUUAGGCAGAUGGUCCACAUACACGCAUGCUUUGAUGGUUUAGGCGGGAAUGCUGGGCUUACUUCGAG